AUUCAAGCUCUCGACCCGUGGGAUCUUUCACUUAAGCCAUUUCUACGUGAACCGGCACCGCUUAAAUGUACCGAAAUCGUCGACUUGUUUUAUGUUCAGGAAAAUGGAAUGCUCGUAAUAAACGCGAGUGUAGAGAAGGUCAAUGGCGUUAAAGUCUCGGAUUGGAAAUGCUAUUAUAGUAAUAUCACACGCAAGUCUCGGCGAUUCAAAUGUGAUAUUUAGCGGUGAAAAAGAAUUUAAAUACACCUUUUUGGUCGAGAGUCAGCUGUUUCGCAUAACAUGUUUCAACCAUACGGCGAAAAGUGCAGCAAAAGUCUAUGAUAUGGCAUUCUUCAAUCCGUAUUGGGCCGCAAACAAGCUAGACGACAUCGACGAUGAAACAGAAUAUAGACCAAGUGUCAUCCUUAUUGGGAUUGAUUCACUUUCAAGGUCAAAUGCUAUCAGAAGCCUUCCAAAAACUCUGCAAUAUCUUCGCGAUGAUCUCGAGGCUUUUGAUUUCAUGGGGCUACGUAAGGUAGGGUUGAAUGCGUUUCCAAAUUUAAUACCACUUCUUACGGGAAGACCACAUACCGACUUUCCCAAUUAUAUGCAAGGCAAAGAUUUCGCCGAUUCAAUACCUUUAAUCUGGAAGGAAGACUGUACCGCUAGAACCGCAACGGCUUUUAUUGAAGACUGUCCGGGCAUUUCCAUUUUCAACUAUUUGAAGCCGGGAUUUUACAAGCAACCAUCUGAAUAUUAUUUCCGCUCUUUUGAAGUUGCACGGCGAAAAUUCAAGCCGAUGAUGUUUACAUCUCUAGGGGAAGAUUCUGGGGACUGUUACGGAAAGAAAAAUUUGUUUGUGUUGAUGAAGGAGUAUUUUAAAGGAUUUCUUAAAGUGUAUAGAGACAAGCGAAAAUUUGCUCUGUUCUGGGCGACCCACGUUGGGCACGAUUAUGUAAACCAUGUCCGGUUAAUCGACGAAUCUUUACUUGAAAUGCUACAGUGGAUGAAACGAGAAAUAAAUAUGGAAAACAUCAUGUUAAUUUUCCUUGGUGACCACGGCUUUCGAAUGGGCGGUUUAGCCUUGACGCAUAUCGGGCGAAAGGAGAAUAACAAUCCCGCGCUUAUUAUACAUGUACCAAAGCAGUUGAAGAUAAACGUCGAAAAUAUACUUUUACAGAACACAGCAAGACUUGUAAGUCAUUAUGAUAUUUACCAAACCAUGUAUGACAUUCUUUCGUAUAAACACAUCCCUCCUCCGCAAUAUAUGGAUGUUCAAGACACGUUAGUGCGACGAAAUAUAUUAAAUCCAAUACCAAUUGAGAGAACGUGUUCAGAUGCGGGUGUUCCUGCAGAGUAUUGCACUUGCUAUGAGGACAUAUCAGUGGGUACAAAUUCCAGUAUCUGUUUGGAAUUAGGCCGGCAUCUUGUUCAUCACAUUAACAAUAAUAUUCUUCACAACAAUAGCCAAUGUGCCGGUUUACACUUAUAUAACAUAUCUGACGUGUCGCUUGAAUAUUCUGAUAAACAUGUUAAGCGACAGGCAGAUCAAGGUAGGAAAUCGUCUUGGAAUAAUCAAACUAAAUCUGAAGCCGCUGAAGAGAAUUUGUACAAUGACGGACGGUAUAGAAUGGUGAUCUUCACGAUCCCCGGAGAGGCCUCUUUUGAAGGACUUUUAGAUUAUUCGAGUGCUACCAAUGGAAACAGGAUACAAGUUAUCGGACUACCCAGCAGAUUAAAUGUUUAUGGAAAUCAGUCGCACUGUUCUGAAACUGUUAUUAAAUCUUUCUGUUAUUGUAAGGAUCUUUUAAACGAUCACUAAGCACGUUCGCAUAAGUGUUUGGACAUGUAAUAUUUAUCAAAUACUUGAAAGGGUAUUAGUGAGUUAAGUGUUAGUCAAGUGGGAAACUGUAUUUAUUAGAUCUAUUUAACUGAAUCAACCAGAAGAUUUGCCACAACGACUUAAUUAAAUGAGUUCCCAAUCAACGUUUUCAAUUAGAAGUAAUACAAUAACUACA